CUCGACCUGGCCGCCUGGGCCCGCCUUCCCGACCCGCCCGUCCAGGUCUGCCCGCCCGAUCUGCCCUUCUGCUUCUGCCACGUGUUUUCUGCUCCCAGCCCCGUCGCCUGCUAAUCCCGUGCUCCAUCCUUCGCCCUCCCUCUUCCAUCCGCCCUUUCAUUCGCUGUUUCGUAGCCACUUGAGAUCAAACAAGCCGUCUCAAACUGUUCUCAGUAUUGCACACACGUGAUAAGGCGAACCCAUGGUGUUCAUUGUUGUUCACCUUGCACUGUUCGCUAACUUCGCCCUGCCACUGCAGGCAGUAACGCUGCAUAGUGCAGCAGACGAAGCGCUGCGCAGGCGAGCCGGUCGUGGCGCUGCAGCGGGUGAAGCCGGCGGUCGCAAUGGCAUGGUAAGUCUCCAGUACCUCAUGGACCAGCAUUCCGCGUCGGAGACAGAGCUCCAUCUCCGCGCGGGCGCAACGUGGCGCAAGUACGCAAAUCAACUUGCCAAUAGCGGAUGCAGCUACAAAGGGGGCUUGCUGCCUUGCCCAACGGGCUACAUCUGUUAUUACACAGGACAUGGAGGCUUGAACGUGACAGCCACAGUGGAAUAUCGCGGGAACAUCAUCAAGACUGUCAUGAGCCCCGACCCAGAUGCAGGAAUCGACAUGCCAGACAUCGUGACGUUCAUGGGGGCUGGCACCGACGACGCUCCUGCGAUGCUGAUGGACGUGCCAGCGGAAUACCGGAGAACAGCGAACCCCGUCAUGCUGAAGAUGUUUUUCGUGGAGGACACCGACAAUGUCACUGAGCAGUGCCCUGAUGACAGUGAGCGCGUGGAGUCCAUGGGGAACAGCAGCGCGUCGUACCGCGUUGAGAACAUCACGUUCGCAGUUUCAACGCAAAGCCCAAGCACGUUCAUGGGCAUGGCCUUCGAUCUCGUCAGCGAGGCACCUGUGGGUCACACGCUGGCCUUCGAGAUCCCUGUCGGGACGGAGAUCGUCUGGGUGAGCCGUGAAGAGUUGGUCGAGGUGCUCCAGACUCAGGAGAUGCCAGCUUCCCUCGAGAGGCGCUUAGAGGCGCAGUUACGCAAGUCUGCUUUGGCCAAGGGGACCGAUGACGCGCUGACGCAGAAAUCAGGCAGGCGCAGGCGGCGCCGCGCAACUAAGUGCUCAAGCUCACAGACUGGGGCCAUGGCAGGAGGUGCAGCCGGCGUGGCUGCCGGAUUCUUGACCUGCGCGUUUACUUUCGUCGGCUGCUUCGCGGUGGCGCCGUUCAUGGUGACGGUGGGGACCAAGGCGGUGCUGAGCGGUGCUUGCGACUGUUGGUCUGACAAUGACCUUUCACGUACCGGUUGCGCAGCGCGAUGAGCGGUGGCCGAACACGAAGUUCUAAGCUCGUACCCCCGCUUUCAUGUCGGGCGAGGGCUGCUGGGCGCAGCGGUGUGGGAAUGGCUUCCUCGGCGCCUUGGCACCAUAUCACUUUCUGUGCUCCUGACCCCCUCCUUCUGGGGCCUUGCGACUCGGCAGCGCACGCUGCCCGCACGAGCCUGCCAUGCAGGCGCGAACCCAAUCUCCAACUUCUGGCAUGCCCAUCCCCAACAUAUUCUCAGGGUGUGCAAUAGUCCAUGCAGCAAGCGACUGCAUCUGCGUUUGCGGGCCCCAUUGGAGCGGACCCCUGGGCCUGGCUCUAACCUUGUCGGCAGCCUUCUGUCGUUGAUUGGUCUGAUGGGGCGACACUGGCACAGCCACGAUGCAGCGCGCCCGGGACGGCAAGCCGCUCGGCGCUCUGCGCGGGUUCGGCUAGUGCGCGCGACCAUCUUUUUUCUCUCGGGGCGGCCGGGGGGGUGUGGCGAUGCGGUC